AUGGAAGUGCUCCCUUGUUCAAACGUUCAAUGUGUUGGACAAUCCGACUGCCCUCAACAGAAUUCAGGAACAACUCCUGUGAAUGGAGAAUCCAACUGCCUUGAACAUGAAAAGCAAGUGCAAGUAAUAGAUCGUACAGUAGAAGGCUUAUUGCCAAAUGUGGAAGGGCCUCAACUAGGAUCACAAGGUGAAGUUAAAGGGGCAGUUCAUGAAUUGCAUACAUCAGAAGGAUGUCCUGUUGGAGCUUUAAGCCUUGAUUGUCAACUGGAGAGCCAAAAGUCAUCUAGUGGUUCACAUGGUUCUGAAUCUUUUGAUAAUGAUGACGUAAAUGCACAUAAUUACUCUGCAGAACCUUCCUUAGUCUCAGACAAUGGUGGUUUCAAAUUAGAUAGCAGUGAAAAUGGACUUCCAUACAACAGUAGGGAAGGAGAGUCAUCUCAUUCAGACUCUACGUGGCUAGAAUGUCAUGAAUCUGUGCCACUAUGGGUCAAGUGGAGAGGGAAUUGGCAGGCAGGGAUUCGUUGUGCAAGAGCUGACUGGCCCCUAUCAACUUUGAGAGCAAAACCAACUCAUGGCAGGAAGAAAUAUUUUGUGAUAUAUUUCCCCCACACAAGGAAUUAUUCUUGGGCAGACAUGCUACUUGUUCGGUCCAUAGAUGAAAUUCCACAGCCUAUUGCAUACAAAACACAUAAUGCUGGUUUGAGAAUGGUAGAAGACUUGAGUGUUGCACGUCGGUUUAUCAUGCAAAAGUUAGCUGUUGGAAUGCUGAAUAUAGUUGAUCAGUUUCAUACUGAGGCUUUGAUAGAGACUGCUCGUAAUGUGGUGGUUUGGAAGGAGUUUGCUAUGGAGGCUUCUCGCUGUAACGGUUAUUCUGAUCUGGGAAAGAUGCUUCUGAAGCUGCAAAGUAUGAUUUUGCGGAGCUACAUAAAUCAUAAUUGGCUACAAAAUUCAUAUCAUUCUUGGGUGCAGCGGUGCCAGAAUGCCUGUAGUGCUGAAACGGUUGAACUACUGAAAGAGGAAUUGGUUGAGUCUAUUCUCUGGAACGAAGUCCAGUCUCUUCGGAAUGCAGCGUUGCAACCUACUUUGGGUUCUGAGUGGAGAACCUGGAAGCAUGAAGUUAUGAAAUGGUUUUCAACCUCUCAUCCCAUAUCCAAUAGUGGGGACUUUCCACAGCACAGUAGUGAUGCCCCGGUGACCCCUAGUCUUCAAGUUAGCAGGAAGAGGCCCAAGCUUGAAGUUCGCCGUGCGGAGGCACAUGUUUCCCAGGUGGAAUCUAGGGGUUCAGAGGAAGCUAUAGCCAUUGAAAUUGACUCUGAGUUCUUUAAUAAUCGAGAGGCUGUAAAUGCUGCUACAUUAGCCUCAGAACCUGAUAAAGAGGUAAAUAUGAAAGAUGUUGCUGCACUGACUGGAGAUAGUGGUGUUGCUGAUAAAUGGGAUGAUGUUGUAGUUGCAACUGGAAAUUCUGUGUUUAUCCAAAGCAAAGAUGUGGAAUUGACACCGGUCAAUGUUGUGUCUGGUGUAAAGUCUUCUGUUUCUGGGGCUAAAAGUCGACAGUGCAUUGCUUAUAUUGAAGCCAAAGGAAGGCAGUGUGUAAGAUGGGCAAAUGAUGGUGAUGUUUAUUGUUGUGUGCACUUGUCGUCUCGUUUCACAGGAAGUUCUACAAAAUCAGAGGGAUCUCACUCUAUGGACACACCAAUGUGUGAAGGAACAACUGUCCUUGGAACUAAAUGUAAGCAUAGGUCUCUUCACGGCUCUUCAUUUUGUAAGAAGCAUAGGCCAAAAAAUGAGCCGGAAACAAUCACUAAUACUCCAGAGAAUGGACUUAAGAGAAAGUAUGAGGAGAACAUGUCUAGUUUAGAUACCAUGAACUGCAGAGAGAUGGUAUUGGUGGGAGAUGUUGGUGCUCCACUAGAAGUGGAUCCUGUCAGAAUCAUGGCUGGCGAUGGCUUCAAUGGAAGGGAGAGCCUAUCUGAGAAGUCUGAACUUUCUGCCAAAACUAGUAGUGUGACUGAAGAUAUGCGUUGCAUAGGCUCUGGUUCGCAAGAUAGCAGCAACCCUUGUCUGGAAAGUCCAAAAAAGCAUUCAAUAUAUUGUGAAAAGCAUCUCCCAAGCUGGCUGAAACGUGCUAGAAAUGGUAAGAGUAGGAUAAUAUCAAAAGAAGUAUUUGUAGAUCUUUUGAAGGAUUGCCACUCACAUGAGCACAAGUUGCAUAUACAUAGAGCAUGUGAGCUUUUUUACAAGCUCUUCAAAAGUAUAUUAUCUUUAAGAAAUCCUGUCCCUAAGGAUGUUCAGUUUCAGUGGGCUUUAUCAGAAGCUUCUAAAAAUUUGGUUGUUGGGGAAAUAUUUACGAAGUUGGUUUGUAGUGAAAAGGAGAGACUCGUAAGACUUUGGGGUUUUACUACUGAUGAAGAUACACGUGAAGAUGUAUGUGUUUUGAACUCUGCCAUGGAAGAACCAGCUCUGCUGCCUUGGGUUGUGGAUGAUAAUCAUGAUGAUGAAACGGCCAUUAAGUGCAAAAUUUGCUCCCAGGAAUUUAUGGAUGACCAAGCACUUGGAACUCACUGGAUGGACAAUCAUAAAAAGGAAGCUCAAUGGCUCUUUAGAGGUUAUGCGUGUGCUAUCUGCCUGGAUUCUUUUACUAAUAAAAAGGUUUUGGAAACACAUGUCCAGGAUAGACACCGUGUGCAAUUUGUUGAACAAUGCAUGCUUCUUCAGUGCAUCCCUUGUGGCAGCCACUUUGGGAAUAAUGAGGAGUUAUGGUCACAUGUGCUUGUGGUACAUCCUGAUGAUUUCAGGCCCUCAAAAGCUGUUCAACAUACUCUUUCUGCUGAUGAUGGCUCUCCAAGGAAGUUUGAGUUAUGCAAUUCAGCUUCUGUGGAGAAUACCUCUCAAAAUGUAGCUAAUGUCCGAAAGUUCGUUUGUAGGUUUUGUGGUUUGAAAUUUGAUUUACUUCCCGAUCUUGGUCGCCACCAUCAAGCUGCCCAUAUGGGGCCAAGUUUAGUCAGCUCUCGACCCUCGAAGAGGGGGAUACGUUAUUAUGCUUAUAGAUUAAAAUCUGGGAGACUUAGCCGUCCUAGAAUGAAAAAGAGUUUAGCAGCAGCAUCAUAUAGGAUCAGGAACAGAGCAAAUGCUACUUUAAAGAAACGCAUCCAAGCGUCCAAGUCACUUAGCAGUGGAGGGACAGAUGUACAGAAUCAUUCAACUGAGGCAGUGAGUCUGGGUAGGUUGGCAGAUUCACAUUGUUCAGCAGUAGCAAGGAUUUUGUUUUCUGAGAUGCAAAAAACAAAACGUAGGCCCCACAACCUAGAUAUUUUAUCUGUUGCUCGCUCUGCUUGCUGCAAGAUUAGUCUUGAAGUUCUGCUCCAGGGAAAGUAUGGAAUCUUGCCACAUCGCUUGUAUCUGAAGGCAGCUAAGCUCUGCAGUGAGCAUAACAUUAAGGUAAGUUGGCAUCAAGAGGGUUUCAUUUGCCCUAAAGGGUGCAGGGAUUUCAAUGCUUUGUUGCCGUCUCCUUUGAUACCUCGUCCAAUUGGUACUAUGGGGCACAGAUCUCAACCUUUAUCAGAUCCUCUUGAAGAAAAGUGGGAGGUGGAUGAGAGUCACUAUGUUGUUGGCUCAAAUUACUUGAGCCAAAGGUCGCAGAAAGCUCAUAUAUUAUGUGAUGAUAUAAGCUUUGGCCAAGAAACAGUGCCAUUGGUCUGUGUAGCCGAUGAAGGCUUCUUGGAUUCUCUUCCUGCCAAUGCAGGUAGUCCUACUCAUCAAAUUGCUGGACAUUCCAUGCCUUGGGAGAGCUUUACCUAUACUGCAAGGCCAUUACUUGAUCAAUCCCCUGGACUGGAUACAGAGAGUUUGCAAUUGCGUUGUACCUGCCCACAUUCUACGUGCUAUCCUGAAGCCUGUGAUCAUGUCUACUUUUUUGAUAAUGACUAUGAUGAUGCAAAAGACAUCUAUGGUAAAUCCAUGCUCGGAAGGUUCCCCUAUGAUGAUAGAGGCCGAAUUAUUUUGGAGGAAGGCUACCUUGUUUAUGAAUGCAAUCAGAUGUGCAGCUGCAGUAGAACAUGUCCUAAUAGGGUUUUGCAGAAUGGAGUAAGAGUGAAAUUGGAAGUUUUCAAGACAGAGAAGAUGGGAUGGGGAGUCAGGGCAGGUGAAACUAUCCUACGUGGCACUUUUAUUUGCGAAUACAUUGGUGAGGUUUUAGACGAGAAUGAAGCAAACAAGAGGCGCAACAGAUAUGAGAAAGAUGGUUACGGCUAUUUGUAUGAAAUCGAUGCUCAUAUUAAUGAUAUGAGCAGAUUGAUAGAAGGACAGGCCCAAUUUGUAAUCGACUCUACAAACUAUGGAAAUGUUUCACGAUUCAUCAAUCAUAGCUGUUCACCAAAUCUUGUGAAUUACCAAGUUCUCGUGGAAAGCAUGGAUAGCGAACGUGCACAUAUUGGUCUGUAUGCUAAUCAAGAUAUAGCUUUGGGAGAAGAAUUAACAUAUGACUAUCGGUAUAAACUCCUUCCUGGAGAAGGAUGUCCAUGCCAUUGUGGCGCUCCCAGAUGCCGAGGCCGACUCUAUUAAACCUUCAAUGAACGCAGGGCUCGGCAUACAGUUUUGGUGCUUGUACCUUAGUAUUUGAGUGGCAGUUUUGAACAGAAAUUUAUCUCUGGGUUAAUGGAGAGUUCUUGGUCUCAUAUACCCAUCUAUAAUCUAACAGUUGAUUACAGAAUGGGAAUCUAAGCCCAAGCUGGAAAGAAAUUUGGCCUAGUCAUAAUAUCGCCACAAGGGUUUUUGUAGUUAUGAAUCCGCUGCAGUACGGACCAGGGCUGGUGUAUGAAUUUUUCCUUAGGUAGAUUGAAACCAUGCGGUUUAUAGCUAGCCCAUGUUUAUUUGAAGAAUUAGGACUCAUCCUCUUUGGUUUCUCUAAUGUAGUAGCUGUUCAGGAUUUAGCAGUGUAGAUGGAUCAUGGAUUUUUAGCUGGUGAAAAUUUUUAGGUGAUCUAGUCAUGGUAAAGUUUAUAAAUGGCUCAGUCUUAUAAAAGUUCUUAUUUUGUUGGAAACAUGUUUUUCAAUUCUUAAAUCCGUUGUUGCUUCAAUGUGGUAUGACCACUGUAAUCUGUUCAUGUAACAACAUAUUUUUUGACC